AUGUCCGCGAUUCUUGCCUCCUUCCUUCUCGCCUCGGCUGUCAAUGCCAAAGUGCUGCCUCGCGAGGUGGAUGCCCGUUCGUCGACAGGGGCAUCAGCUAGCAUCCUACCAAUACCGACUGUGGAUCCCGAUUCCAGCUCUAUCACCGACGACUUCCCUACCUCCGGCGUCUUUCCUACCUCCGUCCCCUUCACCUCAUUGACAGACGUCCCCUCGCCGAGCCUCUCCUCGCCCUCGCCCGACUUCUCCGGCACAAUCUUCAUCGGCAUCCCCCCCCAAGCCGACUACACCACGACCACCGUCUCAGCCUGCACCCAAGCCGACGGCGAAGUCGUCGACUCCCUCGUCGUAAUCGGCGUUCCCACAGGCACCUUCUCCCCAGGCCUCACCAAAACCAUCGUCGUCCCCCCGCAGGCCGACCCCACCACCGUAACCUACUACGACACGCCCCCCAGCAACGCCACAGAAGUCAUCAUCAUAGAGCCUCUCCCUGGAAACUGCGGCCCUUUCAUUACACCCACCGGCCUCACCCCGGGCGCUAGCACGACGUCUGCUUCUGCGAGUCCGUCGAAUACGGCGGGUGUAUGUCCUACCAAAGGCUGCUCAGGCGCCAUACUACGCACCGCAGAGACAGUCAUCAACGCUCUCAACGCAGUAACCCAAGCAUCCAUGAACCUGCAGCGUGCAGCGAAAAAGAUCGGCGCGCCGCCCGUUUCCCCCCUCACCCCCCACUCCGAUGCCUCAACCGAGCUAUUCAGCAAUCCCAUCAGCGACGUAGCCAUCGGUCUAAGUCGCAUAGUCAUCAGUGUGCAAACGGCCUUACCCUCGUUUAAUACCUUUCCGGCGUUUCCGCCGGGCUGCUCGAGCGAUACCAUUGUGCUGGCGUGGUUGGAAUUCGUGCGCGUGCAUCAGGAGUUACUCGCUAUUUUGAUCGGGCGCUCGGGACUGCUGGAGACGGGGCCUGUUCGCCGGUCCGAACCUUCUAUUGCAAACACUCCGUUCAACCCUGCCUUGGGUCCGGACGGUGCCGUGUUGGUUGGGAGGGAAACGCAGGGCUUCAUCGGGAAGCCUAUUGCUGUUGCGCUGAGGGGGAUAGAGGCUGUGGUUGAUACGUUGGCGGUUGGGGUGGUGGAUUUGGUGCCGGGGAAGAGCGCGUGUAGUGAGGAGAAGGGGAGGGAGAUUAAGGCUAGUAUUAAGAAGGCGGAGGUUAGCUAUGAGGGGUAG